UGCAUGCACCAGUACCCCAUGCUCCUCUUUGUUCCUGAAUCAAGCGAAGAAAGAGCGACAAAGAACAUAGGCUAUAAUGUGAUCUGGCACACACCGGAACAGAACAUAAGGGAACUGGAAGCAGUGCUCAUUUCAAAACACGGUGUGCAAAAAUCAUUUACGUUGGAGGUUCUGGGACAGAAGCAGGAGGAUGACCCAAACUCAGUUUCAGACUGAUGGUCUGUCCCCUCAAGUCACCACGUUUGAGAAUUAAACUAAGAAAUAUUCUUACAUCUCACAUCACUCUGCUCAGAAUGCAAAACCAAAGCAAAUACCUGCUCUCCUUCUCACAGCUGCCUCUGAUAUUUUCAGAGCGCUGCUCUCAGACAGCAGCACAAUGCAGCGACGUUUCAGCCAGUGUCCCAAAAUGGCUAGGCAGACAUUUCUACCAGCCCAAAGAUCCUGUGUAGUUACAAAACUUGGAAUCAUUUCUGACCUGGUUGCAUUCCCCAUGACUUUGGUUUAAUUCUUCAUAAUAUUCAUUACCUCUGGGCCUGCGACAAUGUUUUUGAUAAAGCAUGGUACAUUACACUUCAAUUUCUAAGCAAUUUCUAAGCAUCUUUGUAUUAUAAAGACACUCUGCUCUUAAAUGAGAAUGACCUGCUGGAGGGGAGCUCUGCGGAAAGGGACCUGGGUGUCCUGGUGGAUGACAGGUUGGCCAUGAGCCAGCAGUGUGCCCUUGUGGCCAAAAAGGCCAAUGGCUUACUGGGGUGCAUUAAAAAGAGCGUGGCCAGCAGGUCAAAGGAGGUGAUCCUCCCCCUCUACUCUGCCCUGGUAAGACCUCAUCUGGAGUACUGCGUCCAGUUCUGGGCUCCCCAGUACAAAAAAGACAGGGAUCUCUUGGAAAGAGUCCAGCGGAGGGCCACGAAGAUGGUGAAGGGCCUGGAGCAUCUCCCCUAUGAGGAAAGGCUGAGUGAACUGGGUCUGUUCAGCCUUGAGAAAAGGAGACUGAGAGGGGACCUGAUCCAGGUCUAUAAAUAUCUAAGGUGUGGGGGGCAGAAUGGCGAGGCCAGACUGUUUUCAGUGGUGAGUGGAGACAGGACAAGGGGAAAUGGCUGGAAACUGGAGCAUAGGAAGUUCCGCACAAACAUGCUCAAUAACUUCUUUACAGUGAGGGUGACGGAGCACUGGAACAGGCUGCCCAGGGAGGUGGUGGAGUCUCCUUCUCUGGAGAUGUUCAAGACCUGCCUGGAUGCCUACCUGUGCGACCUGGUGUAGGGAACCUGCUUUGGCAGGGGGGUUGGACUCGAUGAUCUCUGGAGGUCCCUUCCAACCCCUACAAUUCUGUGAUUCUGUGAUUCUGUGAUCUGAGGACAAGUAAAGAAAAGGAUAGGACAUCCUAUUGUAACUAAAGUUCCUGUAUGUGCUUCAGCUAGAUGUAGCUUUCACAAAUACUUAUUAGAGAUUUAAUUUGAUUUGUUGCUAUACUACUUGUCUGCUCAGCUAUUUGUGUCUCCCCAGCUCCCCAUAUAGUCAUCAGUGACUAAAGGGAAAGGGGUUGUUUUGGUGGGAAAGGAAAGGAAGAUGACCCUAGAGGUCACCUUAACAGAACCAGCUGAGCAUCCAACACAGCAAAAGGCACAAUUGCUACACUGACCUGUGGGUCUCUCUCUGUACAGUCAGUCUUCAUGCACAGAGCUGCGAUGAAAAUUAGUUCUCCAAGGUCUUAUAUUGGAAGCAGGACUUCAGGGUGCUUUAGUUUUUUUUAGUAACAAAGAAAUGGAAGAGACAUGAUAGCACAUCACAGAUAUCCAGCCCUACUGCUUCUUUCCCACCUUUUAAGAGAAGAGCAUUCUGUGGAGCUGGCUGUGUAUGUUGUGCCCACGGGCUCCUGAUAGCGGUACCGUUUUAGACAAGAUCCUUUCUGGUCUCACUGGGACAGCAGGAUAGUUUGCUAUCCCCUAAGGAGCUGAGAGUAUAUUACACACGCGCUCAUGAUAAUACAAAUUCCAUGUCCUCAGCGCAGAUACCCAGAGGCUUAACAUCAUCCCUUCCUAUUGGCUACCUAAAACAAUGUUGGCGAUUAAAUCUCCCUUCUCUAAUCGCACUGUAAUACUACCCCUUCUAGGAACAAGCCAUACCAGUAUAAAUACUACAACAUAAGCAUUUUUAUGUUGCUAUAACUGCACUCACCCAGAGGAAUUCCACCUUUUUGACAUCAGAGGUAAAAUGUGAGAGUUUUUUUUGUGUGACUGAGCACUGAAAAUGUUCAAAACUAUUUCAAAAAGACUGCCUCUAGUAGCAAUACAAAUCUACUAUGGGAAGUAAAAACCAAAGUGUUACACGCAGGCUUUCUCCUGUUGUUCAGUAAGCAGGCCUGAACAAUAUGGUUGCUAAACCAAAACAUCCUGUUUGUAUGGACAUUGCCAUCUUGGUGGUGCUGCGUCAGAGAUGAGGGAGUGACUUCAGAAUGCCUCAGAAAAAAAUCAGUACAGCUUUUUUUUUUGCCCACUUACCAUGAAAGAUGAGAUGAAGAUUUUUGCAUGAUUUCUGAGAAUGAGAAAUGUACCAGAGAACCAACUGCUGAAUGGCACUACUAUACAUCAGAACUGCUACAUGUUCCUUUUGAAACAGUGGGCAUAUAUACUGGUAAUGUAAAAUGCUUUGCAGUUAUCAUAAUAAGGCAAGGAUCUGAAUAGUAAGAAUUCUUUAUAUUCUUUCUUCCACAGAGAAGCCUCACCCAAACAGCUCGCCAAGAGCCAGCUCUGUACAGUGCAAAGCAUAUUCUCUACCACCAGACACACAACGCAUGCAGAACAGUCUGACUAUCCCUUUUAUCUCAAUCAUCUGUGUGUGAGUAAUCUUACAGGGCAAAUACUUCAUUCAGAUUCUCUUUGCUUCCAUUUUAUGACAUGGAUUUUCAUGGCCGUUUACUUUUCUCCUCCUGCUGAAAAGCGAGAAGAUUGGAGUCUCAGAGUCUGCAGCUUUGUGUUUAGUCACUGCCCACGGAGUCACUGCAGAUGGUAUCUGCUCAGCGCUACCACAUGCUGGAUGACAUAUAUUAAGAGCACAAAAAACCCUCAUGAAAAUGCUUUCAAAAUGCUUACAAAGUAAGCCCUGUGAUCCCAGUAGGAAUGAGGUGACAGCUCAGUAGAAGGUCCUACUCAAAUAUUUUAUGUAAUUUCAGCUUCAAGUUACAAAGAGCGUAUUUUAGUGUCACGUAGGAUGAGAGGAUAUAUCUGUGCUUCCAGUUCCCUCCAAAAAGAUAAUUUCAUAGGGCAGCCUGGAUCUUGUAAGUAUUAUUUUUAUAAACUUGUUUUAAUUGGACUACUGCAUGGCAGGGAAGGCUUAUUUUCUCAGUGGGGCUCUGUGUGCCAGAGAACCAGGAUUAAAGACCGCAACCAGUCACCAAAUAAGAAAAUCACUGAGAAAAGAGAAACAGCUGGAGAUAGGCCAAAAUCUCUGCCAAGAGAUGCUUCAGUGAGUGAAUGCAUUCACUCUGAUGAGCGGCCCAGAGGAUAGCUCUUGAGAAACAGUUCCUGAAUUAGCUUUUAGUCUUGUUAUCUGGCAGUGAACUUUAUAGCUUUCACAAAGAGGAGCAGGCUUCACAAUCCUGCCCAGUGUCCUUCCAGUGAUGACAUACUGGAUGUCAUUGGGCUGUAUGAGAAAGACUGUCAGGGCUCUAGUUGAGGAAACCUGUUAGUGAAGGCUUGAAAUGUUCUUUUUCCUUACUGGGUAUUGCUUUUGGCACAAGAACAAAACCGACAGUGCAAGAGGAAGGCUGCCAGCAAAAUGAUCAUGAGAAAAAGGAUUAAACCUAGUUUAACUUUCUAAAAGUGACCGAUUUACAUUAGCAGUUUGCCAGGGACAAAGUGAAUGUGCUGGGCAGUGUGCAUUGCGGUGAAAAGAGAAGGGAAAAUUGUGGAAUAAGCCUCAUCGUGCAAAGAAUUUUACCUUUUCCACUUACCAGCAAAGAUGGAUCGUAGCUCUGCAGGAUCAGGCCUUAUAUGAUCUGCUCUUCAAAUUUAAGAUUUCAGUUCUUUGAAUCAUAAGUGGUAAAAGGGUAAUACAUCAAAUAAGCCCUGCAUCUCUUUGAGGUGCCAUUUCCUUACUUCUUCUGAAUUCAUUUGUGACUCCUUAAUGAGUUGUAUUGCACACAUUUUUAUGUCCUCUUAAAUAAAAUGUGUGUGGCUCUUGGCAAUGCAGUCUAUAUACUGAUAACAUCUCAGUGACUUUGUGCUAAAGUCUAAUUAAGACACUUAAUUGAGCCUCCAGUUGCUACUAUGUCUAUAUGAGCAGCAGCUGGGGACCACCUAAUCAUGCAAAGAUCUGUGCUACUUUCCCUAUGUUUAUUUAAAGAGCUUUAUGUGACACAGUACUUUCUUUAUGACAAAUUCCCUUGAAAUAUUGGACAAUGAAUGGAAACAGCAUGGAGACCUUUUGGCUAUUCCUAGACAACCAUCUGAGUAUUCUUUAAGCGAUAUUAAAGCUCCCUCUUUGUGCCUUAGGUCAAAAUCCUUUCUUAUGUGGCACAGAAAAAAUAGCAACACGCUUCUUUCUUGAAAGCCUCUACUAUUAGAAAGGCUCAACUGUCAGAAGAAAUGUGUUACACAGAUCUCACUACCCUUAUUUGCUACCACAUCCUCCACUUUGGGACUUCGUUACACAUCAAGAACUCCAAUGGCAGUCAUCUAUCUGUCAGCAUCAGAAGGAGACAUCUGUGCCAAGAUCUGAGCCCCGGAGUGAGACUUUGAACCCAGCGGGCUGAUAAACACCCAGGACAGCACUGCUGGACUCAGCGCCACUGCUCAGAGCAGCUCGGGUCAGGCUCCGCACAAGCACUCAGCUUCUGAGAAACGUUUACACUUGAGUAAAUUAAACAGUAACACAAACAACACCUCACAAGCCCGGAGCUUUCAAAGGUCUUUUUGCCCCCAAAGCCUACUUAGCCAUGCUUAUAUACAAUUUAAGCAUACAAUAGCCAAACUUCUAGUGUAUUUCAAAGCUGCUGCAUCUUGGUUUUAUGCAAGGCCCAGCUCCGCCGAUACGGUUUCAGCUGAUAAGAUUAUUCUGGUAAGCGGGGCUUAACCUUGGAAAACAAAGAGCGGCUUGAAACAUAGCGCUCACCCCUCCCUUCCCUCACAGCACACGGACGCGCAACCCGCUUUCCCUUCCCUCCCAUUUGGAACCCCACCCGCGGCAGUAACCCCGCCGAGGGCAUUCCCCACGCGGCGGAGGGCGGAGCGGCAUUGCGGAGCGCCGAGCUGCCCUGCCACCUGCCGGCACGGCACGGAGCCCCGGGAACCGCCGCACAGCUGUAACAGAGCUCCGUGAGCCCAGGCCGCUGCAGGCUGCCGGCGGAGACCCUGGCGAUGCCGAAGGGAGGUCAGGAGUGUCGGGUCCGAAUUCUCCUUCCAGCCCAGGCCUGUUAUUUACGCUGCGUGGCGCACGCAAGCGACUUGCACGUGCCCCGGGAGCAUUAGCUGCUUAUUUACGUUCAGCAGACGCCGAUAUUCAGGUCUACGUGAGGGUAACGCCACCUCUAUGAACCAGCAGCACGCGUGGGUAAUUGCUCCUUAAACACCCGAGGCUAACGGAGUCACCGGAGAUACAUCUCCCAUGCAAAAUCCAUUGCCACAAUUCUGAGUCCGCCAGAGAUUCCUCUCACGGAAGCACCGUACGGCGAGUCUCUGCUCCUGAAGUCUGCUCGUGAUCAGAAACGCACCCACGUAUAAACGCGGCGCCAUUUUCCACGCGCUCCCGAGCAGCGCCCGGCGGGCACGGCGCCUCUCCUUUCCCGCUUCGGCAGCCACUGAGAGCAGAGGGCCGGCACCGCCAUUCUGUUCCGAGCUCCGAGCACAGCGGAGGAACGGAGAGAGCGCAGACUGACAAACGUGCCGGUUAUGCGGGGAGCGAACGUGGCAAAAGGGUACACGGCGUGACAAGGCAGCCCUUUGUUCGGGGGAACCGAGGCCAACCUGCGCUGCCCGCGCUCCCGCGAGGCCCGGCACUCAUCCCCCAACCUCCGCCGGAAGCAGCCGCGCCGGGAGGGGCGGGGCUGCGUGGCGGCCAUGGCGGCGUGCGGCGCGGAGGAGCGGCAGCGGGUGGGACGGCUCUCGGCGCUUUCGGUGUACCGCCGGGCGGCGGGGCCUGGGCGACUGGAGCGGCGCCGCCGCGGGACGCCGCUGCCUGCGGGCGGUAAGCGGAAUAAAGCGCGGCUGAGGCGUGGCGCGGCGGGAGGAGGCGGCCCGGAGCGGGCUGCGCCGCCGCAGAGCGCCGCCGUCCCUAACCGCGUGGAGCGGGCCGGGAGCCCCGAAGCCAAGCAGGGAGACCUUAAGACGAAACCGAGCGGCUCUCCGGCCAACGCUGCGACCAACGCUCCGGCCGGAAACCUCGAAACCAAGUCGCUCGGAGGCCCUUUGACAAUCUCGGGCGGUUCGCGGGCCAAGACUCCGGUCGGGAACCCCGAAGCAAAGCCGCCCGGAGACCCCGCAAAGAGCCCGGGCGGCGGAGGCGUGUUGGGGCUGCUGCGGCGGCUGGGGCGGCUGGAGGACAGCCGGCGGAGGGCGGCAGAGCUGUUCCGGUGGCUGGUGGCACCGGUGGCACCGGAGGAGUUCGCGAGGCGGCACUGGGAGCAGGCGCCGCUGCUCGUGCAGCGGGGUGACCCCGGCUACUACGCGGGGCUGUUCUCCACGGCUGACUUCGACGCCAUUCUGCGCAGCGGUGAUGUGCGCUUCGGGACCCACCUGGACGUGACCAGCUAUGCUGAGGGGGUGCGGGAGACGCACAACCCCGUGGGCCGGGCGCUGCCUGCCGUCGUCUGGGACUUUUACCAGAACGGGUGCUCUCUGCGGCUCCUCAGCCCCCAGGCUUUCUCCACCACUGUCUGGCACUUCCUCUCUGUCCUGCAGGAGCACUUUGGGAGCAUGGCUGGGGCCAACACCUACCUCACGCCACCAGGCACACAGGGCUUCGCCCCUCACUACGACGACAUUGAGGCCUUCAUUCUGCAGCUGGAGGGCAAGAAGCACUGGCGCAUUUACGGCCCCCGGACGAGCUCAGAGGCACUGCCCCAGUUCUCCAGUGCAAACCUCACGCAGGCGGAGCUUGGUGAGCCCCUGCUGGAAGUGGUGCUGGAGGCUGGAGACCUCCUAUACUUUCCCCGGGGCUUUAUCCACCAGGCCGACUGUCUGCCAGAUGCGCACUCGCUCCACAUUACAGUGUCCUCCUAUCAGAGGAACUCCUGGGGAGACUUCUUGGAGAAGCUUCUUCCUGCUGCCCUGCAGAUGGCCCUGGAGGAGGACCUUGAGUACCGGCAAGGGCUUCCCAUGGACUGCCUGGGGUACAUGGGGGUUGCCAACUCAGAUGCCAUCGAUGCUCGCCGAACAGCGUUUGUGGAGAAGGUGCAGCACCUGAUAAUGAAACUUGUUGACUAUGCACCCAUUGAUGCUGCCAUGGAUCAGAGGGCUAAGUCGUUUCUUCACGACUGUCUCCCACCAGUGCUUACACAAAGUGAGAAACAGCUGAGCGUGUAUGGCUUUCCAGCCCGGUGGCAUGAUGGAAGGCCCCGCAAUGUUGAUAUACUAAUAACAAAAGACACAGAAGUACGUCUUCUCCAUCAUGGCAUUGUUAGAUUGUGCAAUGAAGAAGCAGGUGUGAUGCUAUAUUACACAACAGAAAACUCAAGAGUGUAUCAUAAGGAAGACCCCAAGUACCUUGAGAUAGAUCCUGAGUACACAGACAGUAUUGAAUUUCUCCUGUCCUCCUAUCCAAACCACGUCAGUGUGGAUACCCUCCCAUGUGAUGCCUUGGAGGACAAGAUUUCUCUAGCUACGCUCCUGUUUGAGAAGGGCAUUCUGACUACUAAGAAGCCACUGGUGCAAGUGUAACUCUUAUUUUUUAACAAAAUAAAAAUGCAUUUGUUUAGAAAAUACUGUCUCUUGUUUUCACAUUACAGCUGCUGGGUGUUAAUGCACAGUCUGAUCUCAGCAUCUGACCUGGGAGCAGAAGGGCUUUGACCUGAGUAGAGAAACGAUGUGUUCUGAUUAAAAUAAGCAUCUGCUUUAAGAGCAGAUCUGUGCAUUGCUUUGCCAGCCAUAUUACUACACGUUAAGUAACUUCAGAAAGCAAUGAACUUUUUUUACAGUCUGUAAACUGUUAGUGUUUUUCAAGUAUUGUAAAGCAGCCUGUGUGACAGUGGGAAGUACUCUUACUGCUCACAUUCAUAUCUAGUGAUGGUCACUGUAUUUGCAGGGAGGUGCUGUUUGGUUGUGAUCCCAGUAAGAAAGACUAAGACUUGGCGAGGUAACAAUUUAAAAAUGCUAUUUGAGCUAACGUUAAGAGCACUGAGAGUUUCAGGUCCAUUUAGAUACUGAGCAUCAGACAGGACUCUGACCCAUGUACACAAUGCUAUGCAGAUAGCACGUAGCAGAAAUCCUUCUCUGUUGGUCACUGAACUUAUUACUGGAUUUUCUUAAGGGAAACAGCUCAUGUUUAUAAUCAGGGAGAAAUGAUGUGUGCAAGAAAACUUGCUGCACUGUUAAUAUCUAACAAGUUAUUUGCUGUUGAUAAUAAACUGGGAGGAGCUGUUGACUCUCCUAAGGGUGGAGAGGCCUUGCAAAGGGAUCUUGACAAAUUAGAGGGCUGGGCAGUCACCAGGCACAUUAAAUUUAAUGAGCGAGUGCUGAAUUCUGCACCUCAGAUGGGGCAACCCUGGCUGUACACACAGACUGGGGAGCAAGAAGCUGGAGAACAGCCAUGUGGAAAGGGAUCUAGGUGUUCUGACUGAUGGCAAGUUGAACAUGAGUCAGCAGCAUGCCCUGGUAGCCAAAAGGGUGAACUGUACCUUUGGGUACACCAAGCCCAGCACUGCAAGCCACGUAAGGGGAAGGAUUGUCUUGCUCUGCUCUGUUCUGGUGUGGCCUCACCUUGACCUCUGUGUGCAGGUUUGGGCACCACAAUAUAGGCCAUUAGAGUAUGUCCAAAGGAAGGGUACACAGAUAGUCAAGAGUCUAGAGGGGAAGACGUGAGGA